UUAUGUUUCUUACCCCGCCUGAUUGCCCUCAAUCGGUUGCAGUGCUUCAAAUAAUUAAUUCUCUAAAACAGUUGCAACAGUACACUAAUCACAUAUUCACUAAUGCAGAUCAACGACUAGAAAAAUGCCAUGAGAGAAUCAAUCUUCAGCUUAAAAGAAUCGAAGUAAUAGAAAAGAAGGUCGAGACGCUUGAGCAGGUGGAUGAAAUUCCUGUUUUUCAUUGUGCACCGAGGCAUCCGGAAUUGUGCUUUGCUGGAUUUUGUCAACCAGCAUUCGGAACGAUGAUGGUAAAUAUUUCUAUGCGAAAUCAGACGAACAAUUCAAAUUGCGAACUUGAUCUUUUGAACGGUGUAUACAAACCUGAACCAUUGAAGACAAUCAAGGAUGGCAUUGGACGUAAGAAAAAUGCGGGACGUUUUUCACAAAAGUCGCAAAAGGUUAUUAAUUCAGACCUUAACGGUCCUUUGCAAUCUGAUGCCAAAAUGCAUAAACUAAACUUGACAAAACUUUUCACUGCUGACAUGUCUCGAAAAUACGUUUCAGCACAACUUGAUUUUUCAGGCUCAUUACUUGAGGGUCUAGAAACGUUAAGCUCUUCAAUUGUUUUUGUCACAAAAAGUUUGGGAGCAAGAAGUGUUUCUACUCUUUUUCGCUCCGACGAGCAUCUUUCAAGCAAAAAGGAAGCUCCAAAGAUUUUAUACGUUCCAAAUGAAUCAGAAAUUAGGGAACAACCUAAACUUGACUCAUGUGGUUCGUUUCUUCUUAGAAAUUCUUUUGCAUUUUUAGGUUUUGAGGAUAAAAGCAAGAAUGGCGUUGUUUCUUCCCCAAUUAUACCAUCUGUUGAAGCUGCAUCUCUUCCACAGAUUCAAGCACCACCUCCUCCACCACCACCACCAGCAGCUUUACAACAGACUAAAGCCAUUUCCGGUCGUUCUGAUUUGAUGGCAGCUAUCCGGGCAACUGGUGGAGUAAAAGGGGCGGGUCUGAAAUCUGUGAAGAUUGAUGACGAGCAAUUGGAAAACUCUAACAAUAAGAAAAAUGACGACGAAGAAGAUUUGAUGACUUCUUUGACACGAGUGCUUGCAAUGCGAAGAAGAGGAAUUUCUGGUAGACAAAAUCCGUCAAAUUCGAAGUCAAUGGGUGAUGUGCUUCGAGAGCAUAUCCCAACAAGAUCGAGAACCGGAAGUAGCAGUGGAGAGGAUCAAAAUUCCAAUGAGGUAGGACCAAAUGAAUGGGUUGAUGAAUAA